GGCUUUAACAUGCUGUGUAUUUUGUACAAAUACUCACAACCUGGCCCUGGACAUUUUGAUGUCGAUACCAUUAACUAAAAUAAAUAGUUUUUCUUCGAUGUAAAUGUCCGUAAAAUAUUUAGUUCCUGAAUUUCUUUCUUCCUUUCUAGUGUGACUGUCCCAUCUAAUAUUCUGAAGGUGACAUGUCAUUGUUGGGUUGAAAAUCACAAGGGGAGAGAAGGAAAAAGGCAGGGAAUGGGAGGGGAAAGUACCUAAGCCAGCUAGGAAGCAAGCAGCUGGAGGCAGAGAUGCCAACCGCAAUGUCCUGUCAUCUUUGCUCAUGACCAAAUCGGUCAAGGUCGCCCAUGGAUGGAGAUCACAGGAGGCAAGCCGCCGCCGCGGUCACCGUCACGCAAGUCAGCCCGGCGCGGCGCCUGAUCGCCUGGCUGAGGCUUCUCUUCCGGGCGUUCGUUCAUAGAUACGGCAAGGUCGCGAGCUGGAACGCGGCGGGGCGCCCUGUCUUCGUCGUCCUCGCGGUCUUCUUCCUCCAGAGGAGCCUGCGCCGCCGGUACCUGUCAUGGAAGGAGUCGUCGCGUCUUCCGCUGAUGGCCGCCGCCGCCGUCACCGUGCAGACGACCGUCAGGGCGAUGGCGGCGCAGCGCGAGCUCUCUGUCCGGAAGCAGACCAGAGCUGCCACACGCAUCCAGGCGCAAUGGCGUGCGCACAGGGCGGUGUGGAGCUACCUGACGACGAAGAGAGCCGCCGUCAUCUGCCAACGUGCUUGGAGGCAAAGCGUUGCACGCAAGGAGCUCAGGAAGCUCAGACUGUGUGUGCAGGAGAAUCUGGAGAGGGAAAUGCUGGAGGAGGUGUGCAGGCUGCGUGAGAUGGUGGACGUGCUCCAGCAGGCUGUCAAUGACGCCGAGACGAGGGCCGUCAACGAGAGGGAGGCGGCGAAGGAUGCGAUGGCGCAGUUGGAAGCAGCCUCGGCGAUCGAAGAGACCGUGGUGAUGGUUGAGGACACUGAGAAGGUCAAGUCGCUGAGUGCCGAAGUUGACCGCCUCAAGGAUUUGCUGGGAGCUGAAAUGAGUGAAACUUUUGCCGCCAAGAAGGCGCUUUCUGAAGCCGAGCUGAGGAACGAGAAGCUGGCCAGGCUGCUUGGAGUUGAGGAAGUUAAGAACAAACGGCUUCAAGACACCCUGAAAAGGAUGGAGGAGAAGGCUUCUAGUCUGGACGAGGAAAACAGAAUGCUGCGACAGGCUGUGGCGUCAAACCCUGCUAUUGUCAGGUCGCCAUCGGGCGAAAACCAUGAAGCACCUGGAAUUCAGGCAGCUCCUGAUAAUGAGAAAUCAAGGAAUGGUACAGUGAAGCCUAUAGCAGUGGAUCGGGAGGCUAAUGUCCAUGAGAAGGGCGCUGAACAGCCCAGCUCAAAUGGUCAAGAAGCUGGGAAGCAACAGCAAGAGCUUCUGAUCAAGUGCCUAUCCGAAGACCUGGGUUUCUCGGUCGGCAGGCCUAUCGCUGCAUACCUCAUCUACAGGUGUCUGGUGCAUUGGAGAUCAUUUGAAGAAGAGAGGAGCGUGGUCUUUGACCGGAUUAUCCAGAAGAUUACUGCUGCGCUUGAGGCGCGAGACAACAACGAUGCACUAGCAUACUGGCUGUCCAAUUCAUGCGCGCUCCUGGUUCUUCUUCAAAGGACACUGAAAAUCAACGGGGUAGCUGCCUUGGCUCGUCAGAGGCGAAGAACGUCGUCACCUCUCAAGGUGCCACAGCAGGAAAACCAAGAUCCAGCUCCCGACGGACAGUUGAUCUGUGGACUAGCCCAAGUCUACCAGGUUGAGGCCAAGUACCCAGCUAUCGCGUUCAAGCAGCAGCUCACCGCACUGCUGGAGAAGGUCUAUGGGAUGAUCCGGCACAACCUGAAGAAGGAACUGUCGCCGCUUCUGGGCCUCUGCAUUCAGGCGCCACGCACAUUCGUCGUCAGUCCCAGAGGAUCGUGUUCCCAAGGAACAGAUCUGGCGCAACAAGCCUCCAUGGCGCAUUGGCAGAGCAUCAUCAAGAUCUUGACAAAUUCUCUCGAUGUUCUGAAAUCAAAUUACGUGCCUCCGUUCCUGAUCUGCAAGAUGUUCACGCAAGUCUUCUCGUUUAUCAAUGUGCAGCUUUUUAACAGCCUUCUGCUGCGGCGUGAGUGCUGCUCGUUCAGUAACGGAGAGUACGUGAAGGCUGGGCUGGAUGAGCUAGAGCAUUGGUGCUUUUGGCUGACUGAAGAGUACGCAGGAUCUGCAUGGGACGAGCUGAAGCAUAUCAGGCAGGCAGUUACCCUCUUGAUACUUGACGACAAGCAUAGCCGGAGUCUCGCGGAGAUCACAGACGACUUCUGCCCAGUGCUGAGCAUGCAGCAACUGUACCGGAUCAGCACGAUGUACUGCGACGACAAGUUUGGGACCCUGGGCAUUCCAUCAGAAGUCGUCUCCAGCAUGCGGACCAAGAUGAUCGAGGGCUCGUCGAGCAGCCCGUCGGCGCACGACGACAUCAACUCGUUCCUGCUAGACGAUGACUUCAGCAUACCGUUCUCCGUGGAUGACUUCACGAAGCUGAUAGUGCACGUCGACGUAGCGGACAUGGAUUUGCCACCGCUCAUUCAGGAGAGCAGCGGCGGCGGCUCCAAAAUGGGACAUUGAGGAGUGACAAUAUGCACGCCUUUUUUGUGUGUGUUGCGGUGAUGUGCAUAGUGCGUGACAUAUUGCUCUGAGACCAGGGUUUUGUUUUUUUCUUCGUCGACUGGUCUUCCAUUUUUCUCCCAUAUGACUACUACCUGAGUGAGUAGUGCCUGUUUGGGUUUGCGCGUGUGUAUGAUUGUACAGAACUGAGCUGUGGCAUAUAAGGUAAGGAAAGAAAGCCUGUGUGAUUCAAUUUUUUUUAUCAAAAGAGUGAGUGAUGCUUGCAAGUCAAGCUUUCCUUUGCCAA